AUGGAGGAUAGUUCAGAGCAACAACACCCGGCCACCUUUGAUAGUAUGCCAAUGAGGUGGUCUGAACAACACUCGUACCCUCAUUCAUAUCAUGGCACGCCAGCACAAGAGUAUACGGGUUUUGGCUGGGGAUCACCACCGCUUCCAAUGCAUUCGGCCGCCUUUUCGCAAUCGCCACCGUUGAGGCCAAGUCAUCAACAGUUGCAACCACUGAUGAUGCCAUGGCCGAGUAUGCUGGGGAGCCAACAGACAUUCUAUCCACCACUUCUACCGCAGACUCAAAUUGGCACGACAUCUCCUCCUACUGUGACACCGAUAUCAGCGGGUUCAUCAUCCAGGUCAGGACCUUCUGUGCGGAAGACGCUAUCAGACGAUGACCGCAGGAGAAUGUGCAAGUACGCGGAGGAGAAUCCAACCGCGAAACAAACUGAGAUAGGGUAUCUCUUUGGAGUGGAACGAAGCACCGUAUCAAAGGUUCUCAGGAAAAAGGAAAUAUACCUCAAUCAAUCUCAACCCAAGGAGACUCCACGGUCACCGCCGAACAAAAGAUCAAAGGCCAGGCUACCGGACAUCGAAAAGACUCUUUCAGCGUGGGUCAUCAAAGAGCAGAAGAAAGGCUCUCCCAUCACGGACGACGCUAUCCACGAACAAGCAUACUACUUCGCCUCCAUCCCCGGACCCGAGAAUCCAGCUUCGAACCCAGUGAACAUCCCCGGCUGGCUAGAGAAAUUCAAGCAAAAGCAUCAUGUCAACCGCGCCUCCAAGUCCAAAGAGUUACGCAAAGAUUCCGUCGCUGAUUCCGACAAUGCUACUGUCCAAUCGCCUACCUCACCUUCAGACGAGAACCUCAGCUCCAGCUCACCGGAAACAAUCUACCCUACCAUGGACACCGCGAUGGCUGCGGAAGACGCCAAACCCAACAACAGCAACAAACGCCGUAAAUCUCCUCCCUCGAUCAAUACUGUAUUCACAGAUAUGGGAUCAACGAGCACUUGCUUCACCCCUCAACUGCUAUCACCCACCUCUCCUUUCUUUUCGCCUUCGAGUCAGAUCUCAGCAGGACCUUUGCAUUCGCCGCUGUCACAACAACAAACAUUUCCAGCACUCGAUCAUUUCAUGGCCGACUCUUCUCCCGCAGAAGAAACAUUAUCCUCGUCUUCUCACCCUUUUCUCUCUUCGCUUGGUAAUACUGAAGAUGCAGAAAGUGGAUUGGGGAGGUUGGGCAGUAUAGAUGAGUACAUGGAAGAUGUUAUUAUCGAUAGCAAGACCAUCAAUCCUGAUGCUUUGACCGCCAAAGCACCAACGAGGGAGGAAGCGAGAGAAGCACUGAAAAUCGUAGUCAGAUAUCUCGAGGGCGAGGAUGGAGGGAUGAGUGAAGUGCAAGAGGGCAAAUUGCUCGGCAAACUCUUGGGUGAGAAAUUGAGAUUGAGGGAGUGA